AUGAAGAACAAUAAUAUGGAUUUCGAUGUUCCAUAUCCUAAAAAAGGAGAGGUAUGGGCUCCUGCGCGUGCAGACAUCAUAUCUCAGAUACUUCUCUCGGAAAAACAGUAUGUUCAGCACUUAUAUCAUUUCAUUUUCGAAAUCAGAGUUUCUUUAGCUGAAGCAAGUGAUUCUCAAGUAAUAAUGAUUCUUCCCGAUGCUGUGGAGAAUCUUUUUAGACGAAUAGCUCCGAUUUAUAAACUAAAUCUAAAUUUCUUAACUUUGCUUGAGUCUUCGAUCGCUUCUGAUAGCUCACAAAGCAGGAUUGGUGAUUGCUUUAACAGUACAGUGACUUUACUCAAAACUUAUGUUGAUUAUGCCAGUGAUUAUGCAACAGGAAUUUCUGCUUUAACUGCUCAGUUCCAAAUUGACAGAAACCUUGCACCAACAUUAAAAGAAAUCGAGUCAAAUAUCGGUCUAACGGUUUUGGAGUUGCUAAGACUACCAAUUGAAAGAAUUCCAAGAUAUCGUAGGCAAUUGUUAAAACUUUUGAACGUAACACCCCGAGAACAUCUUGAUAGGUCCGCAACUGUAGCUGCUUAUAUUCAAAUAACUCCGAUGUGCGAGCCAUUCGAAAAUUUACUGAUUGAGAUCGGUAAAGAGGAACUACAGCCAAUCGAUGCUAAAUACAAGCAAGUAAAGAUAUUAAGCGAGGAAAGAUUUUUGAUGUUUCAUGACGUCGUAAAAUGUUUUACGGAUAAAGAAGUUGUAGACAUGCAUUUAUGGUUAUUCUCUAACUCGGUACUUGUAGGUUUCGAAAAUCAGCAGAAGAUCACUCCAGUCCUCUUCCAGAUUAAAAAUAUUAACGCAAUAUCAGUUGAUUUGCCUUCUCCAUACGAAGAUGGUGUUGAUUUCAUGACAUCAGUAGAUUCGUAUCGAAUUGCAUUCAAAAAUCGAAAGAGGAAAGAGUAUUUUUGCGAAGUUUGCGAAAACUUGAAAAUAGAUCUACAAAUUGGCAAAGACGGCCCGUCUCUAGCACCUGUAAGGACUCCUUACAAAGAAGUCAAGGAUUGCGUUCUCUGUGGAAAGGCCUUCAACUUGGCAAUUAAACCUUGCGAAUGCGGAUUUUGCAGGAAAUGGUAUUGCAAGAAAUGCAUAUCAAUGCAUGAAAUAGGAUACCAUAUCGUUAAUGUUUGCAACGUUUGUCAAAAAGUUGAAUCAUUUACUCCUCGUCCGCAUAUGCUUAUUGAUUACAGUUUCAGCCAGGUAUUCAAGAAUAGCCCUUGA